UACAUGUAAGAGCAGGGGCCUUCAUCAUCAACCAACCAUCGACUUCUACAAGCCGCCCACGUUUCCAGGAGGAGACUCUCUGAUACCACGGGUUUCGAUUCGAAGCCCUAUAGAUCCGCACAAGCGUGAACUAUAAAAAAGACCAUAUUAUUACGACAAAAAUCUCGACCAGGAAACGCAUCAAACCUUCGCCGGGGGCGGUAAGUCGAUGGCGGAGGAAGUCAGGUCAUCUCCCGACGCCGCCGCCGCCGCCGCUUCAACAACCACCGCAGCAUCAGCCGUAGCAGCAGCAAGAACUAAUAAAUCAUCGACGAGGUUUUUGUGGCCCUCCGUCCUCCGCUGGAUCCCUACCUCCACCGACCACAUCCUCGCCUCCGAGGAACGCCUUCUCUCUCUAGUCAAGACUCCGUAUGAGCAAGAACAAGUCAACAUUGGUUCUGGCCCACCAGGGUCUAAAGUCAGGUGGUUUCGUUCUGCUAGCGAUGAGCCAAGGUUCAUUAACACAGUUACUUUUGAUAGCAAAGAUGAUUCUCCCACUCUUGUAAUGGUCCAUGGUUAUGGUGCCUCUCAUGGUUUCUUCUUCCGUAAUUUUGAUGCUCUAGCCAAACAUUUCAGAGUCAUUGCUAUUGAUCAGCUUGGAUGGGGUGGAUCAAGCAGACCUGACUUUACAUGCAAAAGCACUGAAGAAACUGAAGCAUGGUUUAUUGAUUCCUUUGAGGAAUGGCGGAAGGGCAAAAACCUUAGCAACUUUAUUUUACUUGGACACUCAUUUGGAGGUUAUGUUGCAGCUAGAUAUGCUCUCAAGCAUCCUGAGCACAUAAAACACUUGGUUUUAGUGGGGAGUGCUGGGUUUUCAUCCCAGACCGAUGCUAUGUAUGCGCCACUAAUUCAUUUCAAAGCAACGUGGAAAGGAGCUGUAUUGAGUCACUUAUGGGAAUCGAAUUUUACUCCUCAAAAGAUUAUUAGAGGUAUUGGCCCCUUUGGUCCAGAUCUGGUCCACAAGUAUAUGUCUGCUAGGUUUGGUGCAUAUUCAACGGGGGAAGUUUUGAGUGGCGAAGAGACCAGAUUGCUGACAGAUUAUGUGUAUCAUACUCUGGCUGCGAAAGCUAGCGGAGAGCUGUGUAUGAAACACAUAUUCGAGUUCGGAGCAUUUACACGGGUGCCUCUUUUACAAAGUGCAUCUGAAUGGAAAGUGCCAACUACUUUUAUAUACGGCUACGAGGAUUGGAUGCCGUAUGGAGGAGCACAAGAAGCUCGCAAACAUAUGAAGGUCCCCUGUGAAAUUAUACGGGUCCCUAAGGCUGGCCAUUUUGUAUUCAUAGACAACCCUACUGGUUUCCAUUCAGCUGUGUUAUAUGCUUGCCGCAAGUUUCUGUCCUAUGGUGCAGAUAAUCCCUCCUUACCUGAGGGCCUGAUAUCUGCCUAAGGCCCUAAAGUGGAGUGUUUGUUUUAAGUGUAUUAUGUCCUGUGAAUAAUGGUUCUCAUUUUUCCUCCUAUAGCGAAUCAAUAAUUAUAUGUAAUUUCAAGAUUUGGUAAGAUUUAUUUAUAUGGUCUAAUUCCGUGUAGACCAUAUAUGUAGCAUAUUGUUUGGUAUUUUUACUAAUAGAACCGGCACCUGGUUGAUUUAGCAA